UCUUCUUGACAAAGAUCACUUUUCAGCUUAAGUAUUCUUGUUAAAGAUCAUUUUCACUCCAAGCUCAACACCUCUAUACUCUCUGCAUAAAUUUCCCCCAUCAUAUUUAAUAUUUCAGCGGAGUAUGAAGGUGAUGAAAAACAUUAAGAAACUCAAAUUCUGGUCUAGAAAGAAGAAGAAAAAGGUGAAUUUCGUCGAAAACCCGGCAGCAAACGCCCCAUGUUGCUACCACAACCAUCAGUUUCAGCCUUCCGCUCCACCUCUGCCACCAUACUAUGAACAAAUCCAUGAGGCCUCCUACUCGGCCUCACUCAAUUAUCAUACAUUCUCCAGAUAUCCUUCGAAUGAUUUUCAGUUUGCUUUUCCUUCAGAAGAGAAUGAUAUCGAUCCUGAAAUAAAGCCUUCGCAUCCAGCAUUACCUAUUAGCAGUACAAGCUCUUCUUACCAGCAGUAUAUGGUUCCAAAUCCUGUUUAUGGGAUGCCUGUUGUGCCAACGGCUAGAAGAGAAAGAUCUGUUGGAGUUUUCGGGUGUGUGUUUAACGUUGGAAAGCUUCUGGUUCGCUUUGCUUGUCCCUGUUUUCGCAUUACAGAAGCAUACUGAAUUGAAUCUUGACAGAGUCUUGUUAUGAUUUAUAGUUUUCUGUUAUUACUUUCUUACUGCACCUUCUGCUUAUACAAUACUAAUAUAGAGAUUUUUCGUUU